AUCUAAUCAUUUCGGGCGGAUUCCAGAUCAUUUUGCUUCGGAUCAGUCUUGCGAUCGACAUCUUUGUUCUUCUCGCUGAGGCAGACAACAACAUGACGUGGCAAGUAGCAAUCGCUCUCCUGCUGGUGGGAGUUGGUGUCGUCUCUGCAUCUCUCGGUGAGCCAAACUUUCCUGGGUGUUGGCCGAAAUGGACCGGCGAUCGUGCUCGACCCGCCUGUGACUGCAGUAAAGCAUCGAGUGCAGACGCUUGGGUUUAUGGUGAAGGUGGCUUCCUGACGUGCUGGGGUAACUCAGCGGCACCAGGAAUGGUGUACAGAUUUAACCCAGAGUUACAGACACAUUCUGAAGCCUCAAAGGGCUGCAACAAUUGGGAUGAAGCAGUGUGUGAGGGCGAAUACUCGGGUGGAGUAGACCGACGGCUAUGGAGAACCGGUUUGCUGAACAUCCAAUUUGAAGAUGAACUGGAAGGGGGUGUCAUACCUGCCCUCGACAAAGCCUGCAUCGCUCCACGAACAAACGGGUACGUGUGGUUCUGGGUCAGCAGGAUCGACUACGGCAAAGUGUCCUACGUUGAUGGGUCAAGUACCAAACAAAGCGGCGAAUGCUUGGCUAUCAGGGUCGGUAACGAUGGUAGAAUCUACGGCAGGUACUUUAGUUGCGGUCAGAAGCUACCAUCCUUCAUUAGGAUCACACCAGUACUCAGUCACUAGAGGAACCGAUCUAAAAAUGAAAGGCGAUUGCCUUCACCAACCGUAGAUUUUCUUUCUCAAUUCGACGUUAAGCGUUGUGCGAAUGAUUCCUCUGGGUUUUUAGUUAGCACAGGGUCUUCCAAAAAGCAUUAUAUAAGAUUAAAGUAUACAUUCACCAUGUCGACCUCUGUGGUUAUCGUUUAUCGCGUUUAGGCCAAACUAAUUAAUAAUACACUGAUAAAUAGACAUAACGAGUUAAAAUUACUGGUAAGCAUUGGUCUUUUCGAAACCCUGAAUAAAAAUCGAUACGAACUUUGCUAUUUUGGACAGCUUGAUUUUCCUGUAGAAUCUAAUUCUGGGUUGUAAUAUUUCAUUUAAUUGGAGAUUGAGAUUGAAUUCAUUUAAAAAAUGUGAACAUUGCAUUUCCCGAAAGCAAUUUUGCCAUACUCAGUAUUAUUUUAAUCAACACCAAAUGGUGAAGAUUUGUGCAAAUAAGCAUUGAAGCGAUGACGUCAAAUGUUUCUUUGUAUUUUUUUUAUUUCAGCAUUUUGGGAACAAUUUCUUGAUUGAGCAUGCAUGAUAAAUACCAUCCAUAACCCAAAUGUGGAUGGAUUCGGUUCAUAGAGCCCAAGAUGUGGCCAUAUAAUUUGUACUAAGCGUCAAUGAAAUCAGUGAAAAUUGGUCCAUUUCAAACUUUGACUUGACUGCGAACAGUUAUUAACCAGGCAAAACUGCACAGAGUUCGAUGGUGGUACUUAAGUAAUUUCAUUUAGCUUUUAGGUGGACAUUGAUCAGGUCAAAGUGAACCAACGUCUGAUUUCAGAUGUGACUUUUUUAGGCUUGUCAGCAUGCGCUGUCUACAA